CUGCUUUUGGAGUCCAAGUAUGGAGUCCAGCUUGGUGAACAUAUGGUCCUUCCAACUUGAAAUGGUGCCUACCAUCAGGUAUACUCUCCCGGAGUAACAGACGAGCAGAUAGAUGCAGCUGGCUGACUAGAGUGCCACGUUGAAGAUAUUUGGUCUUCAUGAUUAUUUUAAGUUUUUAAAAUGUGGAGUUCAUGUCAACACUCUCCAAGUGAAGCGUGGAAACACAAGUAAAUAUGGAUGCUCGUUAGUCGCAAGGGCUUAUUCUCUGAUGCCUCCACAACUAAAUAAGGCUAAAUCUGGUUGUGAUUUUCAAUCAACUCAGAUUCUAUUAUAGUAUUUGGACCUAACCAAAUCAUCCGAUCUAUAGACGUUAUCUUCGUGCAGCAGACGAGGAGGUCUAGAGUCCAGUGUCCAAGCAAUACAAGGAAUGCCUACAUCGCUGCUGCCAAAUCAGCGUGCUCCAACGUCCCCAAAAAUUUCUUCCAGAAAACGGAAUGUCCGCCCCCAUCCUUUCGUUUCUCUUCUGGAAAUGUGCUCCACGAUGGAUGAGCUCAAGCAAAUACAUGCCCAUCUCAUUAAAGCCCGAUUUAUCCACCAGAAUCUCGCAUUGUCUAGGCUCUUGCUCUUUGCUGCAACAUCCAAAUCUGGCAGUCUGGACUAUGCCCAUAAGGUGUUCGAUGAAGUUCCUCAGCGAAAUACAUUCCUCUAUAAUACCAUGAUUAGAGGAUACCAACAAGGUGGCGACGCAAGAACUGCAUUUCUUUUCUAUCUGAAGAUGGUUGAGGACUCGAUCCCUCCUGAUCGGUUCACUUUUCCUUUCGUGUUGUCUUGUUGCUCUGAUCUAUGUUGUGAUUUUGAAGGCAGACAAAUUCACACCUGCGUUGUAAAGAAUCCCAUGCCAUUCACCAUCCAUACCCAGAACUCUUUGCUGCAUUUCUAUGUGAAACACGGCCGGGUUGAAGACGCCCACAAGGUGUUUGUUGGAAUUGAGGCGCCAGAUAUUGUUUCUUGGAACAGUUUGAUUGAUGGGUAUGUGAAGGAAGGGGAGUUGGCGGAAGCUCUAAAUUUGUUCAAUGAAAUGCCUCGGAGAGACGUUGUAUCCUGGACGACCAUGUUGGUUGGCUGUGUGAAGCAUGGAUUGUUGGAAGAUGCACACAAAUUGCUCGAAAAUAUGCCUGAGAAAAAUGUGGUUUCUUGGAGUGCAAUAAUUGAUGGGUACGUGCAGCUUGGUCGCUAUAAAGGAGCAGUGGACCUCUUCAGGUUCAUGCAAGACUCAAAAAUUAUACCCGAUAAGUUUAUAAUGACAACAGUGUUAUCAGCCUGUGCGCGAACAGGAGCACUUGACCAAGGCAAAUGGCUUCAUGCUUACAUUGACAAGAAUGGAAUUGAAAUUGACGCUUAUCUUGCUACAGCUUUGGUUGAUAUGUAUGCUAAGUGUGGUAGUCUGGAUGACGCUAUCAGGGUAUUUCAAGAUGCCACUGAUAAGAAGGUGUUCCUAUGGAAUGCUAUUUUAGGAGGCUUUGCUGUUCAUUCUCGUGCACAAGAUGCCCUUGACACUUUCUUGCAGAUGCUGGAGCGUGGCACUCAUCCAAAUGAGAUAACCUUCAUUUCUGUUUUAUCAGCAUGCAGUCAUGCUGGCUUGUUUGACCUCGGAUUGCAAAUCUUUGACGACAUGAAAAAAGUUCAUAGAGUUACACCGAGAGUUGAGCACUAUGUUUGCAUGGUGGACCUUCUUGGUCGCGCUGGUCUUCUGGACAGAGCAAAGAGCUUCGUAGAGACCAUGCCGAUGCAACCAGACGGCAAUGUAUUGAGAGCUUUGCUCAAUGCGUGCGUGAUACAUGGUAAUUUUGACUUGGGAGAAACAAUAGGGAAGACACUGCUCGAAUUCGAGCCAGAAUACGAUGGGAAUUAUGUGCUACUGUCAAACAUGUAUGCGCGUGCCGGUCGAUGGGCUGAUGUUGCAACGAUUAGGACGAGGAUGAGGAUGAAGGGUGUGAAUAAGCUGCCUGGUUGCAGCUCAAUUGAGUUGGAAGGGGCUGUUCAUCAGUUCUUUGCAGGGGAUCGUUCUCACCCUCAAAGUGAAGAAAUAUAUAGCAUCUUGAAUGAUUUGUCAAGUAAGCUGAUAACUGAAAAUGAUAAAAAAUGGUAGCAGAAAGGUAUCAGGACGAAGUACUUUGAUUACCCAAUGGUUGAUGUCUAGGGAGAUAUCUGCUUACAUCGAUGGAGGUUUCUGAAUAUGGCAUAUUUAGGUGUGUGGGCUUACAUUAUAUAAAGUUGCAAAAUUCAAUUAUGUCAAGAAUUCAAUAAUCAGUCCGUGUCCCAUGCCUUAAUUAGGCUGUGAAGCUGAUAACGGGGACCUGCAGUUUAUUAUCGGCCAUGGUACAAGUGUUCUAUUGUGUUAAGUAAAAGGGAUCACUCUGAAGUUGUUUCUGAGGCAGCGAUUAUUUUUGCAGAUUGAGUCAAACCUAUGAAUGGGUUGGGCGGAGCAAGUGUCAUUUUUACACAAGAAGAUGGACGGUGAAAGAAUAUGGAAUCAGAGGCCCUCGUCGAUCUGCAAUCUGUACAGAUCAAUGUUGAGCAGAAACAGGAAGUAAGUUGGCUGCGUAGGGAGGGCACAAAUGGGUUCCAACUUGUUGCACAUUUAGAAGAUAAUAUUUAAAUAAUAAAUAAAUUACUUUUGUCGUUUUUCACUAAA